CCCGUGAUUAAUCGGUUUAAUGCUCAGCAAAACGCCUGACUCGCAUCCUAACAGGGAGAAUAGCCUUAUCUUCUUUCUCUCAGUUUGGCUUCCACUUCCCAGCUGCAGGCAUGGCUUCCAUAUUCCCACAAUUCCUCUCAACUCCAAAUCCUCACCCACUAAACCAUCUCCUCCCAACCCAAACCACCACAAACCCACCUCAGCUUUCCACCCACAGACCAUGCAGAAAACACUUGUCCCUCACCACAUGCACUCCUCCAAACUCUACUCAACCAGAUUUUCCAAGUCCAGACUCUGAAACCACCACCAGUGCAGAGACAUUUCCGAUCGAAAAGCGCAGAAAAUCGGAAAUCACCCGGGACAGGAGGAGGUCAGAAACUGGCCUUGUAAAGCCUGAGCCACCCAACUUUGAGAUUGGUUGGAAGAGAACCAAAGAGAUAAAGCUAGAGAAGCCAAUAGGGUAUGUGAUAGCUGACUUCUUGGAGAAGUUGGAGAGCUUAAUGGGAAAAGAAUUUGGUUCCGCUGACUUGUUGGUGAAAGUUGCAGAGAUUGUGGCCGAGAGAGCAAGAGAGGAAGCAGAGGUGUUGAGAGAUGAAGGCAAAGUGGAAGACAGAAUGGUGACCGAGUUGUUCAGGGUGUUGAAGUUGAUAGAAAUGGACAUGGUUAUGAUAAAGGCUGCAGUGAAGGAAGAGACUUUGAAUGAGAGGCUUGAGCAGGCCAAGGCACGCUGCAGGCAAGCUAUACUUGUUGCUUUGUCUUUUUGAAAAAGCUAAUUUAGCAAUGUGACAAUGGAGGAUAGGAUAUUUUGCUUUUCAUGAUGGUCUUU